UACAUUAAGAAACACUCUCAGAUGCAUCAGCCAUGUGUAGAGUACCUGUCGUGUGCCAGAAAGUAUUAUGAGGGAGGCCAAGGACUUCAUGCUCCGGACAGAGAAACGGCACUGGGACUAGGGAUUGCCACUUCCGAGAGGAUGCUGGGAAUCUGCAGAGGGAGACGGAAAUUCCUGGCUGCCUCGUUGAGUCUUCUCUGCAUUCCAGCCAUCACCUGGAUUUACUUGUUUGCUGGGAGCUUCGAAGAUGGAAAGCCGGUGUCCCUGUCCCCGCUGGAGUCCCAGGCGCACAGCCCCAGAUACUCGGCGUCCAGCCAGCGGGAGCGCGAGAGCCUGGAGGUGCGCGUGCGCGAGGUGGAGGAGGAGAACCGCGCCCUCCGCCGGCAGCUCAGCCUGGCCCAGGGCCGAGCCCCCGCCCAUCGCCGCGGCAACCACUCCAAGACCUACUCCAUGGAGGAGGGUACCGGGGACAGCGAGAACCUCCGGGCUGGCAUCGUGGCGGGCAACAGCUCCGAGUGCGGGCAGCAGCCGGUCGUGGAGAAGUGCGAGACAAUCCACGUUGCUAUCGUCUGUGCCGGAUACAAUGCCAGCCGGGACGUCGUCACUCUGGUCAAAUCCGUCCUGUUUCAUAGACGAAACCCCCUGCACUUCCACCUCAUUGCUGACUCCACCGCGGAGCAGAUCCUGGCCACACUCUUCCAGACCUGGAUGGUGCCUGCUGUGCGCGUGGACUUCUACAAUGCAGACGAGCUCAAGUCUGAAGUUUCCUGGAUUCCCAACAAGCAUUACUCUGGGAUUUACGGUCUGAUGAAGCUUGUCCUGACCAAGACUCUUCCUGCCAACCUUGAGAGGGUCAUCGUCCUUGACACAGAUAUCACCUUUGCCACCGAUAUUGCAGAGCUAUGGGCUGUGUUCCAUAAGUUCAAAGGGCAGCAGGUCCUGGGCUUGGUAGAGAACCAGAGUGACUGGUACCUUGGAAACCUGUGGAAAAAUCACCGCCCUUGGCCAGCCCUCGGAAGGGGCUACAACACAGGGGUGAUCCUGCUGCUUCUGGAUAAACUGCGGAAGAUGAAGUGGGAGCAGAUGUGGAGGUUGACCGCAGAGAGGGAGCUCAUGGGCAUGCUCUCCACAUCCUUAGCUGACCAGGAUAUUUUUAAUGCUGUCAUCAAACAAAACCCCUUCCUCGUGUACCAGCUCCCCUGCUUCUGGAAUGUGCAGCUGUCAGACCAUACCCGCUCCGAGCAGUGCUACAGAGAUGUGUCUGAUCUAAAGGUCAUCCACUGGAACUCCCCCAAGAAGCUUCGGGUGAAGAACAAGCACGUAGAGUUUUUUCGCAACCUCUACCUGACCUUCCUGGAGUAUGACGGGAACCUUCUGAGGCGGGAGCUGUUUGGCUGCCCCAGCGAAGCUGAUGUCAACAGUGAAAACCUCCAGAAGCAGCUGUCUGAGCUGGAUGAGGACGACCUAUGCUACGAGUUCCGGCGAGAGCGCUUCACCGUCCACCGUACCCACCUCUACUUCCUGCACUACGAGUAUGAGCCAGCAGCCGAUGGCACAGACGUCACCCUGGUCGCCCAGCUCUCCAUGGACAGGCUCCAGAUGCUGGAGGCCAUCUGUAAGCACUGGGAAGGGCCCAUCAGCCUGGCCCUCUACCUGUCGGACGCCGAGGCCCAGCAGUUCCUCCGCUACGCACAGGGCUCCGAGGUGCUCAUGGGCCGCCACAACGUGGGCUACCACAUCGUGUACAAGGAGGGCCAGUUCUACCCCGUGAACCUGCUGCGCAACGUGGCCAUGAAGCACAUCAGCACGCCCUACAUGUUCCUGUCGGACAUCGACUUCCUGCCCAUGUAUGGGCUCUAUGAGUACCUCAGGAAGUCUGUCAUCCAGCUCGACCUCGCCAACACCAAGAAAGCAAUGAUCGUCCCUGCGUUUGAGACGCUGCGCUACCGUCUCUCUUUCCCCAAGUCAAAAGCAGAGUUGCUAUCCAUGCUGGACAUGGGGACCCUCUUCACAUUCAGGUACCACGUCUGGACGAAAGGCCACGCACCCACAAAUUUCGCCAAGUGGCGGACUGCCACCACGCCUUACCGGGUCGAGUGGGAGGCUGAUUUUGAGCCGUAUGUUGUUGUGAGACGUGACUGCCCUGAGUAUGACCGGAGGUUUGUGGGCUUUGGCUGGAACAAGGUGGCUCAUAUCAUGGAACUGGAUGCGCAGGAAUAUGAAUUCACUGUGCUGCCCAAUGCCUAUAUGAUCCACAUGCCUCAUGCCCCCAGCUUCGACAUUACCAAGUUCCGUUCCAACAAGCAAUACCGCAUCUGUCUCAAAACCCUGAAGGAAGAGUUUCAGCAGGACAUGUCACGCCGCUAUGGCUUUGCUGCCCUGAAAUAUCUCACGGCCGAGAACAACAGCUAGCACCAAGAAGCCCGCUGCUAGGGAGAGACAUACUGCAGGGGAAGAGCCACUCGCUGUCUGGGGCCCAGCCUUCAGAUUCAAAAUGGAGCCAUGCCUUUUUGGUGUGUUUUUAUUCGUCUGUAACCCAACGAAGCUGCCCUCACUACAGAGAUCUUGGACAAGGAUCCAGCCAUCCUCUCUCUGCCCCGUGACCCAGCAUUCCCGGAGGGUGGAAAAAUAACCUGCCUGGACAAGUCCCUUCAAGAACAGGCCAUCGAGGCAUGAGAGGGAGUGAAGGCAAUAUCUCACCGCAAAGCAGCAAAACCAAGGCAGGGCUUUAGGAUGUUCCUGCUGCUUUUAAUAAUGGUGCUUCCCACCACAGCUGGGGAGAAAGGGAAGGCAGGGUGCUGGGGGUUCAUCAUCCCAGGAAAUAAAAGCAAAAUUGUGUUUUCAUUUAGAGGAAAUGCUCUCCUCUGCCCCGCAGUGUGGCUGGAUAUUCAAAGGGAGGGCAGACCAACGAUGUGAACCAACCAUUUGGGAAAACCCAGUGGGGAUGUAUUUGAAGAAAGGACCUGGAGGUGGGGUUGGAUGGUUCCUUAUCCUUGAAGUCACUCCUGUUUUGUUUUGAUUUGUUUUUCUUUGGGGGAUUUUCUUUGUUUGGUUUUGAUCUGGCAAUCCAAAAUAGAAAGUCUGAUCCUUUAAGGCUUAAAGGAAAAUCAGCUGCCUCAACCAACGUUCCUCUCUCAGCAGUGGCCCAGCAAGGAGGACGAAAGUCUUCAACCACUAUUUAAAGGUGGGCAGCUUCCUUCAGGAUUAUCACUGAGACUCCCGUGAUUUUGAAUUCCCUGCUUUCCACAAUCCAGGGGCUAUGAUGGGGGCUGUGGAAUCACGGGGGCUGACUGUUUUACACCGGUCACAUUUUCUAUUGGCAGUGACUGACUCAUGGGAAAGGGCUUUAAAGGAGCCAUUUCAGUGCACACGAAAGGUACGAACCUCUCAGGCCUUUGGAAGAACUUUAAUAAUUCACACGAGCCCAAUUCAGAAGAUUCACAUGCCAUUUGGAGACCUUCAGGAAGAACGUGAUUGGGUUCCUCUGUGUUCUUGCCUGCUUCACUGUGGAUAGGAAGAGGUGACAACCUCAGUCUCCCUUUGGGACCUGUCCAAGGGUAGGCAACCACCUUCACCUUUACGCAGAUCGAGGAGACACUGGACUUUUUACCCCUUUUCUUUAAUCUUCAAUAUUAAUGUUGUGUUUACAUUGAUGAGAACAAGAGUUAAUGCCCUACCCUCUGCUGGGCUGUUUGUAUUGAGUUGCAAUGUGACCAGCGAAAGCUGCAUUCAAUAAACGAAAGUACAGACUGUUUCUUCC